CUUAUGUACUUCCGUUUGAAAGUGGACAGAUGCCUCCCGUGUCAGGAAAAGUAAACGCCGUAUUAUUAGGGCCACCUGGCUCUGGAAAAGGCACCCAGGCACCAAAGCUGGUAGAUGAAUACAAAGUAUGCCACCUUUCAACAGGGGAUAUGCUUCGUGCAGCCAUUUCUUCUGGAUCAGACCUUGGGAAGAGGGUCAAGGGGGUGAUGGACAAGGGUCAGUUAGUGAGUGAUGAUCUUGUGAUUGAAAUGAUUGACAAGAACCUAGAUAAACCAGAGUGUGCCAAAGGCUUUUUGCUGGAUGGAUUUCCUCGAACAAUUAAGCAGGCAGAGGCACUCGAUAAUCUGCUGGAGCAGAGAAAAUCAAAGCUGACUGCUUGUGUAGAAUUUAAAAUUGACGAUUCUUUACUGGUGCGGCGCAUCACUGGACGUCUAAUUCAUCCACCCAGUGGAAGGUCAUAUCAUGUUGAAUUUAAUCCACCCAAAGUACCAAUGAAGGAUGAUCUCACAGGAGAAGCUCUUAUCAGGAGAUCAGAUGACAAUGAAAAUGCAUUGAAAAAGCGCCUUGAGUCCUACCACAAACAAACUAGCCCUCUCGUCGAUUACUACAGCAAGAAAGGAAUACACACUGCCGUGGAUGCCAAGCAACCUCCUAGUGUUGUGUUUGCUGCCAUCCAGGCAGCCUUCUCAGGGAAAGCACAAGAUAAAUUACGACUUCAUGGACAAGGAUAAUAGUUCAAAAAUUAGAUUUUAAAUUUUUGUAAUGACAAUAUUUAGGAAUUUCUAGAAAUGGACUUUUAAAAUUUACCUUUGAUCCUCAUUUAUUUCAAAGCAAAUUCAUUUUGAUCAUGUCAAUGGUGAGUUGAUUUCACUUUCCUAUAAUUUUGUGAUACCAUAUCAUCUUUGUUAAUUUUCCAGGUUUUACUUAAUAUGUAUGUA